AUAGUGUACACUCGGAUAUUCCCCGGCACUAGCGCUGUCUCGUCUUUACCGGAACGAAAAAUCGACGAUCAACCAUGGCCGGAGUUUCUCAAUUCAAUCCCUCUAUCUGCAAGGUCUUCUCUGCAACCUCACCGCAGCUUCAGUUCGGCUCCAAGCCCUCAAUUUUUCCGAUCAAUUCGAUCGGAAUUGGGGAGAAAGUGACGAAGAGGUGUAGGGUUUCCUCCGUUAGGGGACGGCAAAAUUUUCGGGUCCGAGCGGCGGACGAGGACGAGGGGGGCCCGUAUUUGGGGGAGCCGGCCGAGGAGGGGGCGGCAGCGGCGGUGGCGGUGGCGGAGGAGGAGAAACCUAAGGAGCCGACGGAGAUUAGCAGUUUGAAGAAAGCCUUGGUGGAUUCGUUCUACGGGACCGAUCGUGGGCUGAGAGCCUCAAGCGAGACGAGGGCGGAGAUUGUUGAGCUAAUUACGCAGCUCGAGGCGAAGAAUCCGACUCCGGCACCGACCGAGGCGUUGACUCUUCUUAACGGAAAAUGGAUUCUGGCGUAUACAUCAUUUGCAGGUUUGUUCCCCCUGAUGUCAAGGGGAACACUACCAUUGGUGAAAGUGGAGGAGAUAUCUCAGACCAUCGAUUCAGAGACAUUCACAGUCCAAAAUUCCGUUCAGUUUUCUGGACCACUCACCACUACUUCUGUCAGCGCUAAUGCUAAAUUUGAAGUCCGAAGUCCCCAGCGUGUGCAGAUCAAGUUCCAAGAAGGCAUCAUUGGAACUCCCCAGCUGACAGACUCUAUCGUGAUCCCAGAGAACGUAGAAUUUCUGGGACAAAAGAUCGACCUCACCCCAUUCAAAGGCUUAAUCACCUCACUCCAGAACACUGCUUCGUCUGUUGUAAAGACCAUUUCCAACCAACCACCAUUGAAGAUCCCUAUCUCAAACAGUAGUGCUGAAUCAUGGCUACUAACGACAUACCUCGAUGAAGAACUUCGGAUCUCUAGGGGAGAUGGGGGCAGCGUAUUUGUGCUCAUCAAGGAAGGUGAAUCAAUUGGGCGAGUGGAGCAGGCUCGCAGAUAGAGGAGCCGUUAGUCUGUCCUUUUUUAGGGCGUAUGAGCUGAGCUAUGUGUAUGAUUUGCCAGCGUACGGGCUGAACUAUGUAUAUGAUUUGCUAGCGUACGGGCCGAGCUAUGGAUGUGAUUUGCCAGCUAUACGAGCUAAGCUAUGUAUAUGAUUUACUAGUGUAGGGGCCAAGCUAUGGAUAUGAUUUGCCAGCAUAUGGGUUGAGCUAUGGAUAUGGUUUGCCGGCAUAUGAGCCGAUGAUUUUCAUGAUAUACGUAUAUAUGCAAAAUAAUAUGAUUGAUUUGAUAA